AUGGCGACAGCUUGGGGCGAGAUCUGUCGCCAAUGCGUCAGUACCGUCGCAGAAGUUCCAAUCCAAAUCCUACUCGUCACAAUUUUAGCUACCCUCCUAGGUCUCUUUGUCCUGUUCUCCCUCUUCAUCUACCUCGUCGCGCCAUCCCCCCGCCUCCCCCUCCCAGAAGAAAAGAAGUAUAGAACCCUAGCCAAAGAUGGCUCGGUCACAGAACCCCAACCACUUCCCUGCUGGCUCGACAGCCUAGAUGCGCAACUCCAAAGAGGCGAUCGCAAAACCAAAGCGGCACCCGCUCCAUUCCUCGAACCGGCAGAGCUCUUCAUGUCCGUUGUCGUACCGGCUUACAAUGAAGAAGAUCGUUUAACCGGUAUGCUGGAAGAAACUGUCAACUACCUCGAACGCAUGUACGGCACAGCAACAACCCGUGAAACCAAUGGUAGUGAGAGCGAGACGAGCGCGAUUGAAACACGAUCAAUGCGGAAACGUAAACCAGUAUCUACCACCACCAACGGAGACGCGAACGGCCACGCUGCGACGCCAGACCGCGGCUGGGAAAUCAUCCUCGUCUCGGAUGGAUCCACAGAUCGCACAGAGGAAGUUGCUUUCCGCUUUGCGCGCGAUCACCAGCUCUCGCUUCAUCCCAAGGGUAAUGCCGGGCCGUGGACACCUCAAGUUUCUGAGGGCGUGCAUAUCCCACCUGGAACGAUUCGGGUUGUGAACCUGUCUCAGAACCGGGGUAAGGGUGGUGCUGUUACGCAUGGCAUGCGCCAUGUUCGUGGUCAAUAUGUUGUUUUCGCGGAUGCGGAUGGCGCGAGUAAAUUUGAUGAUCUUGGUAAGCUCGUUGGGGCGUGUCGGGAUGUCGAGGAUGCGCGUGGGCGCGGUGUGGCUGUUGGUUCGCGCGCGCAUAUGGUUGGGAGUGAGGCUGUUGUUAAGCGAUCUAAACUACGCAACUUCCUUAUGCAUUCUUUCCACUUGAUCCUGUGGUUGAUGACGCCUCCUAAGACUGCUACGGUCAAGGAUACGCAGUGCGGCUUCAAGCUGUUCUCGCGCUCUGCGUUGCCGUUUAUCGUGCCGUACAUGCAUUCCGAAGGCUGGAUCUUCGAUGUCGAGAUGCUUAUGUUGGCUGAGUUUGCACACAUCCCUGUCGCUGAAGUACCCAUUGGCUGGAGGGAAGUUAAGGGGAGCAAGUUGAAUGUUCUCCGAGAUAGCAUUGGCAUGGCAUGGGGUCUGGCUGUCCUGCGGGCGGCUUGGUCUCUUGGUGUGUAUAGACAGCGAUGA